CUGCGUUGGACACCUUCACUUGCAGCUCGCCUUCACUUAGAAGCUAACACCGCCUCAAGCUGUAACGACGGUCUUUUUACUCUUCUUGAGGCAGAGUUGAUCUUGGAGUUGAUUGACAAUGUUGCAUGAAGUGGGAUUUGCCAUGAGGGAAAUUAAGUGUUUCUGCUUUGCAGUGAUCUGUCGUGGCAAAUGCGUUUCGCCGGGUGCUUGCUAUGGUGUUUAGUGGAAACUUGGCGGUUGCGUGAUAGUUUUGUCCAGUUUGUUGCGGUUUCCUGACAUGGGUAGAGGCGAUUCGAUGUCUGGAGUGGUGGUGGGUUCUCAGGAAGCGCAAGAUGAUGCGGCGCUUCUGUCCACUUUGGGCGUCACUGCUGCCAAUCCCGAUGACAUCGAGCGCACGUUGCUAGCCCAGGUGAAGGAAAAGGCUCGUGAGAGCCAGAAAAAUUUCGUGAAUCUCGAUGAAGAGGGGGAAGCAGAGGAACAGGAUGACUAUGGCGAAGAUUCCCAUACAGUUCUCCGACACCGCUUGCAGAAGCAGUUGGUGGCAUUGGAUCGGGAGAUUGAGGCUGUUGCCGAUGGAGCACAGGCCUUUCAAACCACAGUGGAUGAGGCAGCAGCCGAGACCUCCGGAAUUGAUAGAGAUGAGGAGCAGAUGUUGGAAGAGAAGGAAGAUGAAAAUUCUGGUGGUGCCGUCCUAAGAGGCGCCGCUCUGCACCAUGCUCUAGCUAAGGAUCGGCUGAAGAGUUUGCUGAAGAAGAAAAAAGAUAUUAGAGCCCAGCUUAGAGCUUUGAGCAAACAGGAACAGGAGGAUGCAGAUGUCAUACGAACCCUCGUUAAAGACACAUCUCUGGUUGUGAAUGCGAAAGGAAAGGGGAAGAAGAAAGUGGAUAUGGAGGCGGCUCCAUCACCGAACCCUGUGAAGAAGGCGGUUUCCUUCAUUGAGGACGAUGACUUUGGUGCGGCGUUGGAUGCUGCAUCAGGAUUGAUGGAAACUGAACGUGACAGGCUGAUCCGCACAGGUAUGCUCACACCAUUCGAUAAGGUGAAAGGUUUUGAGCGCAAGGUCCACAGAGUUCCGAAGGCUGAAAGUGAAGAUGAGCUUCGCGCUAGACAAGCUGCCGCUAACUUGGCGUCAUCCCUGGCUGCCUCUGCUAUGUUCAGGCCUACGAGCAGAUUGCUAGAUGCUUCUGAACUUCCAAGUCAGGAGCCUCCAAUGCGAGAAUUUCGACGGUUGCGAACACCUUUGAAAACAGUCCGUCCAGAAUCUGAGGAAUGUCAACGUCAAGCUAAAAAGAAAAGCGACAAGAGACCGAAGCGGCCACAAGUUGAUAAGAAGUGGAGAAAGAGGCCCGACGAGAGUGACGAAGAUUUCGUGGUGGAUGAAGAGGAUGAGAGCUGGAGUGAAGGUGAAGAAGGUCGUCCAAAAAAACGCUCCAGGCGAAGCAAAGCUAUGCCGAAGCAAGACCCUGAGGAUGAAGCCUCAGCUGAAGAGGAGGGCCUAAAUGAAGACGAUGUGGUACUCGAUGGUGGGCUGAGGAUACCUGCUAAAAUUUAUAAUAAGCUCUUCGACUAUCAAAAGACUGGAGUGAAAUGGCUGUGGGAGCUGCAUUGCCAAAAAGCAGGAGGUAUUAUCGGGGAUGAAAUGGGCUUGGGAAAAACUAUUCAAGUCUUGGUAUUUCUAGCAGGUUUACAUAAUAGUGGAAUGUAUACCCCUAGCAUUGUCGUUUGUCCUGUGACGCUCCUCCGCCAGUGGAAGCGAGAAGCAAAGAAGUGGUAUCCUGCUUUCAACGUUGAGAUUCUCCACGAUUCCGCUGUUGCAUCGCAGAAAAGCAGCAAUAAGAAGAAACGCAAGCCUAAGCGAGGUUCUGACGAGGAGUUUGAUGAGGAAGAAUCUGAUUACAGCGAAAACGAACAGGAGAAGCCUGUGAAAGUGAAGAAGGAUAGGUGGGAUGGUAUGAUCGACAGGGUGGUCGAUUCUUCAGAUGGCAUUAUUCUGACGACAUAUGAACAACUGCGCAUCGUCAGGGAUAAGUUAUUGGACAUCAAUUGGGGCUAUGCCAUCCUGGAUGAGGGGCAUCGCAUAAGAAAUCCUGAUGCAGGGACCACUUUGAUAUGCAAGCAGUUGCAAACAGUUCAUCGAAUCAUCAUGACGGGCGCUCCUAUACAGAAUAGACUUACGGAAUUGUGGUCUCUCUUUGACUUUGUGUUUCCGGGGAAGCUUGGGGUUUUGCCAGUAUUCCAGGCCCAGUUCUCGUUACCUAUAGCAAUUGGUGGCUAUUCCAAUGCCACUCCACUUCAGGUGUCAACUGCUUAUCGAUGUGCUGUUGUUCUUCGUGAUUUGAUAAUGCCAUAUUUACUGCGGCGGAUGAAGUCAGAUGUUGAUGCUCAUCUUCCAAAGAAGACUGAGCAUGUUUUGUUCUGUAGUUUAACAAAGGACCAGCGGUCAGCCUAUCGUGCAUUUCUUGCCAGUUCUGAGGUGGAGCAGAUAUUUGAUGGCAAUCGGAAUUCUCUUUUUGGAAUCGAUAUCUUGAGGAAGAUUUGUAAUCACCCCGAUCUCUUGGAGAGGGAACACAGUGCCGGGCAUCCUGAUUAUGGAAACAUUGAGCGCAGUGGAAAGCUGAAAGUACUUGCGCAAGUCUUGGAGUUAUGGAAAACUCAAGGCCAUAGAGUGCUUCUCUUUACGCAAACACAGCAAAUGCUGGAUAUUGUCGAGAACUACGUUACUUCGAAGGGGUACGUAUAUCGUAGAAUGGACGGGAAUACCCCAGUCAAGCAGCGAAUGCAAUUGAUAGAUGAGUUCAAUGAAGGUGAUCAUGUAUUUAUCUUUAUACUGACCACCAAGGUGGGAGGCCUUGGAACAAACUUAAUUGGAGCCAAUCGUGUGGUUAUCUUUGAUCCCGAUUGGAACCCUUCGACAGAUAUGCAGGCCCGGGAACGCGCUUGGCGUAUAGGACAAAAGAAGGAAGUAGUUAUUUACCGGCUGAUUACUCGGGGGACUAUUGAAGAGAAAGUCUACCACCGGCAGAUUUACAAGCAUUUUCUAACGAAUAAGAUUCUCCGUGACCCACAACAGCGCCGCUUUUUUAAGGCGAGGGACAUGCGAGAUCUCUUCACACUGCAAGAAGAGAAUGCUGCAACAGAAACUUCUACUCUCUUUGCAGAAGUUGGUGGUAGCAUCCAGCUGGAGGAUGAAGAGAGUGAGAACGUGGGCAAAGAUGUGCAAGACUCAGGAAGUAAUAGAAGGCAGAGAGGGACGAAAAAGGACUCACAAGAGGAGGCGUUGAAUAAGCACAGACCGGAACAGGAUAACAGUCAUAACUCAGAAGAUGGAGAACCACAAGAAGAGGAGUCGAGAAUAUUGAAAAACCUUUUUGAUGCGAAUGGCAUUCAUUCAGCUAUGGAUCAUGAUGCAAUACUUGGAAUACACGAAUCUGAGAGGGUCAUGAUUGAUCACGAAGCAAGCCGAGUUGCUGAGCGAGCAGCGCUUGCAUUACAGCAAUCACGGAGGUUGCGUAGUGCGGACAAUGUUUCCGUGCCUACAUGGACUGGCCGUUCAGGGGUCGCUGGUGCUCCUGCCACUGUGCGACAAAGGUUUGGUUCUACUGCGAAUGCACGCUUGGUUGCAUCUUCAUCACAAGGUCAAACAAGAUCCGAGGAAAGUGGUAAUCAGCCUGCAAUUGGGAUUUCUGCGGGUUCUUCUGCUGGCAGGGCUUUCACCUCUGCUGACCUACUUGCCAGAGUUCGAGAAAGAAAACUCGAUACUCCAGGUACAAGUGGGAGCGUACCCAAUGCAAGUCCUAGUACUAGACCUACUACAAGUAGACCACCUUCUGGUCCAGGAAGAAAUGGAGAAAUACCAGUACAACCAGAAGUUCUUAUUCGACAGUUGUGCACUUUUAUUCAAAGGGAAGGUGGGAGUGUGGCAUCUUCCCACGUCGUUAACCAGUUUAGAGACCGUAUUUCGAGUCGUGAUGUGCCCCUGUUUCGGCAGCUUUUAAAACAGAUAGCAGUUCUGCAGAAAGGAUCGCUGGAGUCAAAGUGGGUUUUGAAACCAGAAUACCAAGAACGUUGAGAACCUUUUGCCACAUUACUUCAUCUCUUCGCGUGGUUGUC